CCAGGAUUCCGCGACUCGCUCCCGCUGCCCGCUGAGACGCCAGCAUGGCCCGAUUACAGCUCCGGAGCCGGCGCCUCGUCGUUCCCUCCCAGCGCGGGGCUCCUGGGCUUGCUCCGCUGCUGCUGCCCCUGCUGCUGGCUCUGCCUCUCGCGGCCGGGGCCAACUGCCCGUGCCAGAACCCAGCGCUGUGCAACCCGAUCACCCACCGCCUCAACUUCGAGGUCUUUGUGUUUGAUGUUGGACAUAAAGUUUGGAAAUAUUAUGACUGGUCACAGAUUACAACUGUGGUACUUUUUGCAGAUUAUGACCCAGAACUUAUGUGUCAUGCUCAUUCAAAAGGGGCCAGGGUAGUGCUAAAAGGAGAUGUAUCUGUAAAGGAUAUCAAAAAUCCUACUUUUAGAGCAUCCUGGAUAGCUAAGCAAGUUCAGCUGGCCAAAACACAACAUAUGGAUGGAAUUAAUCUAGACAUAGAGCAAGAAGUCCAGCGUUCAUCACCUGAGUAUUAUGCAUUAACUGCUUUAGUCAAAGAAACUACAGACACUUUCCAUCGUGAAAUUAAGGGAUCACAGGUAACCUUUGAUGUUCCUUGGUCUUCAAACUGCGUAGCUGGAAGGUGCUAUAAUUACACUGAAAUUGCAUAUGCUUGUGACUUUCUCUUUGUGAUGUCUUAUGAUGAACGAAGUCUGCCCUGGUCACAAUGUAUUGCAGGAGCCAAUUCUCCCUAUACUCAGACAUUAACUGGAUAUGAGGACUACAUCAAGAUAGGUAUUAGCCCUAAGAAACUUGUAAUGGGUAUUCCCUGGUAUGGUGUUGACUAUACCUGCCAGAAUCUAUCAAAGGAUCAUGUUUGUACCACUGCAAAGCACCCCUGUAAGGAUGCUGUACACCAUCAGGUGCCCUAUAGAUUGAUUAUGAAGCAAGUAAACAACUCUCCUUCUAAAAUCCUGUGGGAUAAAAGUCAGCAGUCUCCUUAUUACCACUAUCAAGAUAAGGCUGGUCAUUUUCAUCAAGUGUGGUAUGAUAACCCUCAGAGCAUUUCUCUAAAGGCAGCAUAUGUACAAAACCGUGGCUUACUCGGCAUUGGCAUGUGGCAUGCAAACUGCCUUGACUACUCUGAAGAUGCUACAGCCAAAAAGCAAACUGAAGAAAUGUGGAAAGCCUUAAGGAAAAAGCUGUGACAGGAACGAACAUCUUCUGUCAAACUACUGAGAUUUAGAAAAAUGAUCUGUAGUAGUUCUAGUUUCUUGAAGAGAUUAAAAAAGUAUACAUUUUUGUCAUGUUGCUAUAUAUUUUAGUUAUUUGUAUACUCAAAAACAAAUAAAGAAUAAAGAAAUGCUUUGAUUGUUUGAAUUUGAAAAAAAAUGCACAUCUAUUUAUAUAUAUUGUGUACAACAAUGUAAGGGUUAAGAAACAAGUCAACUUACUAUGUUAAAUAUUCCUAAAAGAUGUUCAAUACUAUAGUUAGAAAUAAUUGCUUUCAGAACUUUAUUAUGCUAAAAUUGUCCUCAUGAUAUUAAAAUGUAUACUUAUAAAUCAAUAAUUUUUUAAAAUAUGUAUAAUUUGAAGUGGAAUUGUUUAGAAUAGAUUUUUUUUAAAACUUAGUCUUUGAGAAUCAGUAGUCAAUAAAUCUAAAUUUAAAACUGCAA